UAUGCUUGCAGAUCGCAUAUGGCAUAUGCUUGCAGAUCGCAUAUGGCAUAUGCUUGCAGAUCGCAUAUGGCAUAUGCUUGCAGAUCGCAUAUGGCAUAUGCUUGCAGAUCGCAUAUGGCAUAUGCUUGCAGAUCGCAUAUGGCAUAUGCUUGCAGAUCGCAUAUGGCAUAUGCUUGCAGAUCGCAUAUGGCAUAUGCUUGCAGAUCGCAUAUGGCAUAUGCUUGCAGAUCGCAUAUGGCAUAUGCUUGCAGAUCGCAUAUGGCAUAUGCUUGCAGAUCGCAUAUGGCAUAUGCUUGCAGAUCACAUAUGCUUGCAGAUGCUUGCUUCGCAUAUGGCAUAUGCAUGCGCACAUAUAUCGCAUAUGCUUGCAGAUCGCAUAUGGCAUAUGCUUGCAGAUCGCAUAUUGCAUAUGCUUGCAGAUCGCAUAUUGCAUAUGCUUGCAGAUCGCAUAUUGCAUAUGCUUGCAGAUCGCAUAUGGCAUAUGCUUGCAGAUCGCAUAUUGCAUAUGCUUGCAGAUCGCAUAUGGCAUAUGCUUGCAGAUCGCAUAUGGCAUAUGCUUGCAGAUCGCAUAUGGCAUAUGCUUGCAGAUCGCAUAUGGCAUAUGCUUGCAGAUCGCAUAUGGCAUAUGCUUGCAGAUCACAUAUGCUUGCAGACUGCUUCGCAUAUGCUUGCACAUCGAAUGUGGCAUAUGCUUGCAGAUCGCAUCCGGCAUAUGCUUGCAGAUCGCAACUGGCAUAUGCGUGCAGAUCG